GGAGUGGUUUGGGCGUGGCCCUUGAGGUGAUUUCUGCUGUUUUUGUGCUGUUUGAGAGGCUACGUAGGGCCGGUUUGCGGUGUGAAAGAAUGGCUCUGUGGCCGUGUUUCUGCAGGGAAAAUGCAGCUCUACUGUGUGUGGCAUCUAUUCAAGUCAGAGGAGAUGGAUUUUGCGGAUAAUAACGUUUUAACGAUUUAUUUUUUUGGAAAUGAGGCCUAACAGGGCAAAGAGUCGGGCUUGAGGAAUUCACUGUAUUCAGCUGCCUUGUUAAAGACGACUGUGCAGUGGAUGGAUGUAUAGAUAUGGCCUCUCAGCUCCAGGCAUUUUCAUCUCCUUCGGUUUCCUCCAGCGGCCUUUCUCGCUCCAAGAAACUUAAGCUGGAGAAGCCUGCAUGGGAUGGUGAGAACAGUUAUGGUCUGCAGAGCCCAGGACAAGCCAGUGCGUCCUCACCCUCAGCUCCGGAUUUCAACUCCAACUAUGGCUCUAACAGCCUCAGCUUUCCUUCCUCCAACGGUACCCGUGAGCACACGGUCGUAAGAGCUGCCGACAGCACUGGCAGCGUCCCUGGACCUUCCUCCUCCUCCUCUUCCUCCUCCUCUUCCUCCUCAUCAUCAUCUAGCCACCGGGGCAAAGAUGGUUACCAAAAACAGAGCGGUGUGAAGAGGAAAAGCGAAGAGGUGGAGAGCAGCGAUAGCGUGCAGAUCCUUGAAGAACUCUCGGCCCCUGUGCUGUCCAACCGGGCCGGUGGAGCAGGGGGAGGAGGCACCACUACAGCACAGUCCAUCACUCACUCCACCUCCACAGCCAAGAGCAGCAACUCACACAGUGAAGGUGACUACCAGCUGGUGCAGCACGAAAUCCUCUGCUCUGUCUCCAACAGCUAUGAGGUACUGGAGUUCCUCGGCCGCGGCACCUUCGGCCAGGUCGCCAAAUGCUGGAAGCGAGGCACCAACGAGAUUGUGGCCAUCAAGAUUCUCAAAAACCAUCCCUCUUAUGCUCGACAGGGUCAAAUCGAGGUGAGCAUCCUGAGUCGGUUGUCUACAGAAAAUGCUGACGAGUUCAACUUUGUGCGCUCAUACGAGUGUUUUCAGCACAAGAACCACACGUGCCUGGUGUUUGAGAUGCUUGAGCAGAACCUGUACGACUUCCUAAAGCACAGCAAAUUCAGUCCGCUAAUGCUGAAGUGCAUCCGGCCCGUCCUGCAGCAGGUGGCCACCGCACUGAUGAAGCUCAAGAGUCUGGGCCUGAUCCACGCCGACCUCAAACCCGAGAACAUCAUGCUGGUGGACCCCAUCAGGCAGCCAUACAGGGUCAAGGUGAUCGACUUCGGCUCAGCCAGCCAUGUCUCAAAGGCAGUGUGUUCCACCUACCUGCAGUCCAGAUACUACCGAGCUCCUGAGAUCAUUCUGGGUCUGCCGUUCUGCGAGGCCAUUGAUAUGUGGUCUCUGGGCUGCGUCAUUGCUGAACUCUUCCUCGGCUGGCCACUUUAUCCCGGGGCCUCUGAAUAUGAUCAGAUCCGUUACAUCUCCCAGACACAAGGUUUACCAGCGGAAUACCUCCUGAGUGCAGGAACAAAGACCAGCCGAUUUUUCCACAGAGGACCAGACGCCAGCUACCCCCUGUGGAGGCUCAAGACUCCAGCAGAGCACGAGUCAGAGCUUGGCAUCAAGUCCAAAGAGGCUCGGAAAUAUAUCUUCAACUGUCUUGACGACAUGAUGCAGGUUAAUAUGACUAAUCUAGAAGGCACAGACAUUUUGGCAGAGAAGGCUGACAGGCGGGAGUUUAUUGACUUGCUAAAAAAGAUGCUCGCUCUUGACGCAGAUAAAAGGAUUACCCCGAUGAAGACCCUUAACCACCCGUUUGUAACCAUGACUCAUCUUCUGCACUUUCCCCACAGCGCACAUGUAAAGUCUUGUUUCCAAAAUAUGGAGAUCUGUAAACGCCGGUGCACCGCCUUUGACAACAACAAAAACCUCUUUAGCAACAACAGUGGGCCGAGCGCAGCCACCAACCUCACUGUGACCUUCAGCAGCCAGCUCAGUCAGCACAGUCAGAUGGCGCCCUCUGGCGGCCAGUCUCUGUCUUUGAGCAGCAACGUUCCUCUGCUCAACUACCAGCCGGAUCUGUACCAGCAGGCCACCAUCAACAUCCCGGGUCUGACACAGCAGAGCGUCCCACUGCAGACCAGACACACACAGCUGUGCACUCAGACUGAACCCUUCCAGCAGACCCUCAUCGUCUGCCCACCCACUAUACAAGCAGGGCUUCAGCCUUCCAGUAAGCACUCGGGAUAUCCAGUGCGGAUGGACAACUCUGUACCCAUGGUCCCCCAAAACCAAUCUGCUCAGUCCCUGCAUAUCCAGCCCAGCAUGCUGACUCAGGGCUCCUGCACACCGCUGAUGGUCGCUGCCCUACACCCCCCUACAGCAGGAGUGCCCCCUCUGUACCCACUGCCUCUGGCAUUGAGUCGUUCGUCUGCGAUAGCAGGGCACCUGGAGCCGAGCACAGCCAUGCUGCAGGGCUGGCCUGCGGGCACACAACAGAUUCUCAUCCCGUCGGCAUGGCAACAGAUGCCCGGCAUGGCCAUCCAUGGCACCGGUCAGCCUGUCCUUGCCGAAUCUCCAAUAGGCUCUCUUUUGGCUGAUGGCUCAAGCCAGUCCAAUGCCAACUGGAGAGGGCGACAUGGCCAGUGUGAUGGCACACAGCAGGAUGCAGCACAGGGAUGUCACGUGACCUCGCAGACUCUAAACAAUGGCACAGCCAACAGUCGAGCGCAGCAGGGCGGGGUCAAGAGGUCGAAAGGUCGCCAUGCAGAAAGCAGAGCUAGGCCUGUGUCCUCUGUACUUCACACCAGUGGUGACCCUUCUCAACCAAUUAUCAUUUCGGACACGCCCAGCCCAGCCGUCAGCAUCAUCACCAUUCCCAGUGACACAGAGGACGAAGAUGACACCAAAGUCCCGCCCACUAGCUGCAGUGCAAACCAGCGGGCCAAUGUCAUCAGCUGCGUAACAGUGCACGACUCUCAGGACUCGGACUCGUCCACAUGCAGCCCUCUCAGUCCUAAGCGCCUGCCCAACUUUUCAGAGAGCAGCGGACAAGGCUCCAAGUCUCUUGCUGUAGUGAUGCCCUCGCUGAAGACUCAGCCAUGGGAGGGGGUGACCAACGAGCAAAGCAGCACAACAUCGACAAAAUCUAAGAAGGCUGCAGCUCUGCAUUCCUCUCGCUCAGGAUUGUCCAGCAGUGAGCGGAAUCAGAGAACAGUGACCACCAAAUCACAGCCUCUCAACCUGAGUCAGGUCCAGCAGCCCGUGAUGUCCUCUCACGACAGGUCAGGGGGCGGAUCCCUGAGACGUCAACCCACUUAUCCUCCGGCAGGUCCAUCGCACUCCUACAGGCUGCACGAGGCCUCGCUCUUUAGCUCCGCCCCCAACCUGUACGCCUACCCCGCCUCAGCCGCCCUGGCCUCAGUGUCGCAGGCUGUGGAUCAGCUGCACAACUCCACCGGUUCUUCCUCCUCUUCCUCCUCAUCCUCAUCCAUCAGGCACACGCGUGCCGCCGGGCCUUACUCUGCCUCUCUGAGUUUGCUGCAGAAGAGCAGCGCUAUGGGGCUGAUGGGCCAGUCGGCCGCCUCGCACUGCCAACAGCAGCAGCUCCCUGGGCAGCCGUACCCCCUCAGCCAGAGGAAACUCAACCAGUACCCUUACCUGUGAGACCCAUGAUCACACAACCUGAUUAUUAUGGAACUUAAUUAUUGAAGGUUUUCUUAAUCAUUAUUUUAAUACUAGUUUUGUUUUUAUGUAGUAAUGUUUAUUUUAAUGCAGCUUAAGUUAAUCCAUGGAGUUAAGUCAGAUUGUCUGCUCUGAUGUGUAGUUUACGUCACUUUACAUUUUGUUCAAAAUUUAAUGGAAGGUGUGACUGUAUAAAAAUGUUCUUUAGCACUAUUAGUGGUGUUUAAAACACGCUCUCACUUUCAUUUUUCAUGCUCUUAUCAAACCAUGAGAUUAACAUUAACCCAUCCUUAGCCCUACUGGGACAGGAUUAGUUUCUCCAGGUGACCUCUGGAAUAGCAUUUUCACCUCUGAAAUAAAAGUUUUGCGUUCAGAGAGCACUUACAUUGAAUACAGGACAGGAGUUUGUUGUUUUAUAUGAAAUAGCGUUUUGGUUAUUGUAUUGUUUACAGUUAUACUCGUUUGUCAGCAUCUGAUGUUAGAUGAGUCAAGAAAAAAACUGAAUUGUUCCAUGGUUGUGUGUAAGAUGUGAAUGAACAGCAUCAUGCUUUUUAGAUUUCUUAAUCUGGGAAGUGGAUUCAAUACUGAAAGCAGUAAUGAUGCAAAAAAUAAAUGACGCGAGACACGAGAGACAGUAAAACUCUCUCGAUCAGAGCAGGUAGGUGGAAAUGAAAUGACAGAGGAGCGUCUGUAAAUGUAAACUAAUCCCGUCCUAAUAGGAUUUUUGAAUUUUAUCUGGUUUGCUCUUUGUUUUUACCGCCUUUUGUUUAUUAAUCAUUUGUUACUGUUUAUUUACAGGUGCCUUUGCCUAUAUUAGCACUUAUGUUUGAAUGUUUUAUGUGUGUUUAUUACGUUGCUUUUCUGUGUGUGUGUGUGUGUGUUAAUGGAUAUUGUGCUGACUGUUGCAUGUUUAUGUAGAGUCCUAGGCGCUACAUAGUCAAAUGUUUUUAGGCUGCAUCAGCAAAAAUAAGAGCGAGUUAUGAAGACGAUGUAUUGAAAGCUGGUGUUCUCUAAAGUGGUGGUGUGCAGUCAGUCGUGUAGAUAGCACUUAAAAACGGUUAACAUGGAUGUGUGUGCUCAUAAACUUGUGCCUAGUGUGUGUGUGUGUGUGUGUGUGUGUGUGAGAGAGAAUCCGAGUCACAGAGCUAAGCCUGCUUUUCACAAGCUUCUUAUUAGUGGACGUUUGCUCUAACUAGAAGUGUGAAUCGGUGCUUUUAGGCUGGUCAUGUGUUCGUUUAGAAUAAAUCAAACUUGUGCAAUUGUGGAUGUUUCUACUCUUCUAUGAGAAUGUGGAGUGUAUAGUAGACCAAAAUACAGAUAAGUCCUGAUAAAUAUACAUAUUGUAUAUGCACAAUAAACAUUUUCAGU